AUGGCGUCCAAGUGCUCGGAUCGGCCGCCGGCCGCGGAGACGGAUCUUCGCCAGACCGACCUCGACGCAUGUACCUUCAUCUCGGAAGAGCAGCACGGCGACCGCAAGCGCGGGCGAAGCGGCGAGAAUGGUCAUGUCCAUCGUCACAAGCGAACGCAUGCGCACCGACGACACCCGUACGCGCGCCGAAGCCGGUCACGGUCGCGAUCACCGCAGCGCCCGGCGACGAGGAAGCGACGACGACAGCAGCAGCAUCAGAAGGGCAAGAAGCGCGAGGACGAAUGGUUCGCAAUGGCGUCGGACGAUGCCGAAGACGAAGGAGGCAACGACGACGACGACGAGGCCGAGGAGAAGACACAGGACGACGGCGACGAGACGCUGGCGCAAAUGGAGAAGCGACUGCGCCCGGGAGCCGCCGACUUGAGCAUUGCGAGCGAGCUCCUACACGCAUCCGAGUCGUGGCAAGGCGCCAAGCCAACGAACGAAGACCGCGUCGCGCACGUGCUCGAUAUGCUACCUGGGCCUGCGUUUGCGAUCUUUGACGGCCACGGCGGGUCUGCGUCGGCCGACUUUGUGAUGCGCAAUCUCUUGAAAAACGUGUCGGCCAGUAUGCGCCAGCGCGGGCUGCCCGAGACGCAGAUCAAGGAACUGCUGAGCGGGAAGCACGCGGACCGACUGAAGGAGUUGAAGCGCAAGACCGAAGUAUUGCAAUACCAGCAAGAACAGCUGGAAGAGCUCGUCGAGUCCAACAAAAAGAUGGACAUGUACGAGAUCAGCUUGAUGCCGUCCGUGUACCAAGACGUGCUCCAGACGCUCGCCGAUGGCCGUUCGGCACUCGAGCUUGCCGAGCGCGCGCAGACCGAGCGCGCGGCCAAGGUCGAACGCGUCUACUCGCAGUGCUUUGAGAAGGAGCUCUUCCAGAAGGCCAUGAUCGAAGGCUUUCUCUUCUCGGACGCUGAGCUCCUUCGAAAGCAGCUCGACGACGGCAGCACGGGCCUCGUCGCGUGGUUUGCAGGCUUCCGACACGAGUGUCUCCGCCUCAUUUUGGCCAACGUCGGCGACUGCCGCGCCGUCCUCUGUCGCAACGGAAAAGCCUUGGCGCUCACGCAAGACCACAAACCGAGUCGACCGGACGAAGCUGCGCGGAUCAAGCGCGCGGGCGGCUACGUCGGAGCCGUCCAAGGCAUCUCGCGCGUCUGCUCUGCGGCCGGCGCCGGCGUUUCUUUGAACAGCCGGGAGCGAACCACGUACCUCUCCGUGUCGCGGUCGUUUGGUGACCGAGCGCUCAAGGUACCGUCCAACAUUGUGUGCGCCGACCCCGAAGUCCGCGUCGUGAGCAUCGAGCCGACCGACACGUUUCUCGUGCUUGCGUGCGACGGGAUCUGGGACGUCUUGAGCAACCAAGACGUAGUAGACAUUGGCCUCGAGCACUUCGGCCACCCCAAGCGCGCUGCCGACGCGAUCGUCAAGCGCGCGUACGCGGCCCAGAGCAAAGACAACUUGUCGGCGAUUGUCGUCUACUUUGGAUGGCGGGCCGAGGAGGCCGCCGCGCAGUGGCACGCCGUCCAAGCCGAGCGAGCACGACCAAAUAGCAAGGAGUCAAGACCCGUUGCGUUAGAAGAAGAGGCCGGCCUGGAUAUGUUUAGCAUGUAA